AUGGCCCAGGGUGCGACCAUCCGAAACAUAUGUACGAUCCUGCGGCUGGCCAUCUGGUCACAUCCAAGGCCGAACAAUGUGGCAGAAGCUCUUCGCAGGGAGACACCGGAGGCUUAUAUUGCAGCCAACAAAAGGGGGACGGGAAGGCGGAGAGCGCAACAUGAGAGCUGGUCGAAUCUUGUCUCAACUGUGCAUGGCCUUCCACUGCCAGUCUCUGAGGAAGAGGAAGAGGCUUGUACGGAUCCAUCAACCCAUUGCGUGGCUCCUGAUUACACAUCAACUUAUACCAGUACCACCAAUCUUACAUCCACUCAAUCGGAUUGA